UUUAUUAUAAAUGGACCUUUUGAAAAAAAUCUAUAUAUAGUUUUAUUAAUAUUUUUGAUAAUAUAAAUCUAACUAUAUUAAUCUUAAAGGUAUAAAAAUGAGCAGAUUUCUUCAACCUAUCCGUUUAGAUUUGUUUUUUCUCUCUCCGAAUUUCAGAGGAAAACAAGUUUGUUUUUUUAACAAUAUAAAUCAUUAUCGAUUUAAUUCAACGACAAUGAGCAAUAAACUCGCAAAUUUUGAUGGAUUGGUUUUGGGUGUUUAUAAAGAUGGAUCAUUAUCUGAAUCAGCAUCAAAAGAAGUUUCAAAUAAUGUCCAACAAACUAUUAAACAACAACUUCAAUGUGCUGGAGUUAAAGGAAAAUUGGGUGAAGUAAGAGUUUUAUAUGGAAUUGGUAGGGAAGAAGGGUUACCAUCAAAAAUUGCCGUAGUUAAUUUGGGACCUAAAUCCGAAAGUCUGAAAGAAUCUUUGAAUAAAGCUCGUGUUGCGGCUGCUGCAGGUGUUCGUUCUUUACGUGAUCAAGGAGCUAAGAAUAUUGCGAUUGAUGUUAUGACUAAUGAACACGGUGCAUCCGAAGGUGCAACUCUCGGUCUUUUUAAACCGGAUAAUUUAAAAUCUAUUCAAAAUAAAAAAGAAUCUGUUAAGAUUUCACCAUUUGGUUCUUCGUCAUCAGCACAAGGUUUCACAUGGGAGACUGGUUUAAUUUAUGCAGAUGCUCAAAAUUUUGCUCGAAUAUUAGGAAAUUCUCCAGCAAAUCAUAUGACACCUACUAUUUUUACUGAAAAUGUAAAAUCUUUUUUAAAAGAUCUGCCGAAAGUUGAAGUUAUUGUUAGAGAUGAAAAAUGGGCUGAAGAAAAAAAAAUGGGUUCUUUCCUAUCCGUUGGUAGAGGUUCAAAUGAACCUUCAAAGUUUUUGGAAAUUCAUUAUAAAGGUGGAAAAGAAGGUGAUAAACCUUUGGCUUUGGUUGGAAAAGGUGUCACAUUUGAUUCUGGUGGUAUUUCAUUAAAAUCUUCCGCAAACAUGUCUGAAAUGAAGAUAGAUAUGGGUGGUGGUGCGGCAGUAUCAGCUGCAUUAUAUGGUAUAGCAAAACUUGAAUUGCCAAUAAAUGUGGUUGUAGCUGUUCCUUUAUGUGAGAAUUUACCUUCUGGUCAUGCAACAAAACCGGGAGAUGUAAUCAUCGCUAUGAAUGGUAAAUCUAUUGAGGUUGAUAAUACAGAUGCUGAAGGACGUUUGAUUUUAGCUGAUGCAUUAUAUUAUACGAGUUCAACAUUUAAACCUCAUAGUCUUAUUGACAUUGCAACCUUGACAGGUGCAAUGGCAGUGGCUCUUGGUGCUGAUAGAUAUUCUGGAGUUUUUUCUAAUUCUGACAAAUUAUGGGAAGAGCUUUUGGAAGCAGGAAAGAUAACCAAUGAUAAUUUUUGGCGAAUGCCACUUGAUGAUUUCUAUUUGAAAGCUAUGACUAAAUCUGAUGUAGCAGAUUACAUUAAUGCUAGCGGUAGCAGAUAUGGGGGUGCAUGUACUGCUGCUAUUUUCCUUAAAGAGUUUGUUUAUGGAUUAGGUGAUGAAGGAACUGUAGGCAAGGAUAUUACUUCUAUUGAUAAAGAAAAAAAAGAUGAUGUAGUCGAAGGAAAUAUUAUUGAUAAGGAUGCUGAUGAGAUUAAUAAAAUCAGAUAUGCUCAUAUUGAUAUGGCAGGUGUCAUGAUUACUAGUGAAGAUUCUUGUUAUGAUGUUAAAGGCGCAACUGGUAUUAGCUGCUCCUAAAUAAGUUUUUAUCAGUACCUAUGAAUAAUUUUCUUAUUUUACUGAAAGUUGUAAAUAUAAAUUACACCUAUUGUACUUUAAAUAACUUAUUUUUUAUUAAUAAAUUUAAGUAUUGAUUUCAAAUAAUAACUGAUAAACAA